AUGCAGCUCAAGUCCCUGAUCGUCUCGGCCUUUGUGGCCUCGGCCGCGGCCAAGGAGCGAUGUGUCGCCCCUGCACCCACCGAGGAGCAGCUCGAGGUCUCUAGACAGAUGGCGAUUGAGGAGGCCACUCAGGACUUCGCAAUUCAGGCUACCAUCAGCACCAAUGUCUACUUCCAUAUCAUCGCCUCCAGCACGUCCGCCUCUGCCGGCUACCUUAGCAACGCCACUGUUGAUGCCCAGCUUGAUGUCUUGAACGAGGCUUACGCUCCUCACGGUAUCUCUUUCACUGACGCCGGCCGUGACUGGACCGUCAACUCGGUUUGGGCUCGCGACGGUGCCGAGACCGCCAUGAAGACUGCUCUGCACAAGGGAACCUAUGCGGACGUCAAUAUCUACUUCGUCUCCGACCUUGAUGCCUUUGGCUACUGCUACCUGCCCCAGUCCGGCGUCACCAACUCUGUCUUGAUCCAGGACGGAUGCACCAUCUUGGCCGGCACGGUCCCCGGUGGUGACCAGACCGACUACAACUACGGUUAUACCGUCGUCCACGAGAUCGGCCACUGGUUCGGUCUUUACCACACUUUCCAGGGCGGCUGCACCGGUAACGGUGACUACGUCUCCGACACCCCCCCGGAGAAGACUGCUGCUUCAGGUUGCCCCGCCACCCGCGACACCUGCACUGGCGGUGGCGUCGACCCCAUCCACAACUACAUGGACUACUCCGACGACACUUGCUACGAGGAGUUCACCGCUGGCCAGCAGACCCGCAUGUACAGCCAGUGGAACACCUACCGUGCUUCGUACCAGUAAACGUACUGAAGGGACGGGCACGUUGCAGCGUCUCUUGGAGAGUCGCUUCGAGAGUCGCUUCUUGAUAAAAAGGGGACGAGCGGGGGCGCAUGGGUGAACUUGACCUAGGUCUUUGGGAUGAAGGAUUGCACUGUACAUAUUUGACCCAGCAUAUUCAAAUACAGCAAAGCUGCCAUAAGAGCUUGUCAUUGCUACAUGCACCGGCAAUCGAAGCCGUCCACCAUCAUUGACUUUGGCCUAUGGUGAAAUUUGCUGGUUUUGGCCCCUGG